AUGUCCACAAAUCCCUUCCGCAAGAGUAGCGCGUUAAAGGGACCGGGAGCGAGCACUUCCCCCAAACCCAGUCUCAUAUCGGAUCCUCGCGGCACCAGUCCUGGGAGGCUUUCUCUAGACACCAGAGUUCCCAGCACCUCUCAGAAACAUGUAAACUUCGCAUCACCGCCGGCCAUACCCAUAUCGCCGGUGUCGUAUCCUCCAUCCCCUGAAUCUACGCGACAAGAGUUCCCUGUUGCAUUCCCUAGCCCGAAGACAUCUUAUCCCCCGCCGACCGACUACAGCCAGGCUCUGGCGAGCGAUCCCUUUGGGGCGGAAGCCUUAGAUGACGACCAUGGCGUUAUCGAUCAAGCAUUGGAGAACGCAAGGGCGAACAACGAGAUUACCACACCUGGAGUGCUUGCAUCGGCGGGCGCAAAGGACAACGCAAUCAGGGACACCUUGGGACGUGUUGCAAGCACACCAAGACGGCCGGUCAAUAAACAGCCGGCAAGCGAUCCUAAAGAGCCACCCGGGGCGUUGAGAUCGACACUGGAUGUAGAUGCAUUCAAGAGAAUGCUGCUUACAGGGGAUCGAGGUCCAUCAGUGGUACAGAACACUCAGGCAGGCCCAACACCUGUAAGUGACAGUGGCUCAAGCGCCGACACAGCAUCAAUCUCACAGCAUUCGAUCUUCGAGACGGUCCAGCCGGCGUACGAUGAGAGCCCGCGGACGUCAGACGAGCUCGACCGCAACGAGGCGAGCGCGGACCGAGCAGGGCGCGGAACUAUCUCAGAAAGAGCAGAGAAGCCCCCCCCUCCACAAAGCAGACGAGGGAAGCCGAUCAAGGACCCCGUGGUACCGCAUGGCCCAACAGCCCGUUUCGACAAUUUCAUCAACUCCCUGUCCCUACCUAGCAGUCACAAUGUCGGCUCGGGAACGCCGAGCUUAAAGUCGCCAACUAUUGACGGAAUUCCUAUGAGUGAUAGGGCUGUCCCUGCCGGAACAACUGAUACCCCAAAGAAGACUCCGCCAGCGCCUCCUCUGGCUCGGCGGAAGAGCCAACAAGCACCUAAGAAGCCGGUGCUGACGAGGAGCAGCUCUUCGCGCACUUCAGUGUUUACCGAGGUUGACGGGCCUCCAAGUCCAAGUACUACAAACUCAGCCUCUAAACCUCCUCCACCACCACCGACGCGUCGAUCAAAUGGCACGACCGACCGCCGUCCAUCACUAGAUGUACUCUCCAUUCCAGAGGAAGCGGAUGCAGGGUACCUGGAAGCGAAAGCGGGACUACCUCAAACGCCGGCUUAUGUGAAGAGGAUGAGCCAAGGAUUACCUCCUCCAGUCCCGCCUCCGCGGCGAGGAAGGGGAUCCAGCAGAAGUAGCAUGGAGACAACGAGGCCGACAAUGGCCAAUUUGGGUAUUAUGGAGUCUGAAGGGAGCGAGGUCGAUACUCCUGGGAGUGAGCAUCGAGAUAUCUUGGCCGAUCUUGCGGCUCUGCAGCGCGAAGUGGAUGCUGCUCGGGUAGGAGCAGGUCAAUAA